UGUAAUGGUCAUGUGAAUGUCAUUCCUAUUGAUGUCAGGCUGGACUCCUCCUUUAAAAAGAGCAGCAGCAGUAGUUCAGCAGUCUAAUAUUGUAUUGGUAUUAUCAAGAAGGAUAUUCAGAAUGGCUAGCGGAGAAGAGAACACAGCAGAAGGAAUUCUAAGUCAAUUCUCGACUGACAUAGAAGCUCAAAGGCAUAGCUCUUUCAGCUGGCUGCCAUCGUGGAAACCAACUUCAAGAGAAUUACUGGAAGAAGCAGAAAGAGAAGUCCUACAGAACAUAACUCGAGGCUUUGAUAACCUUUAUGUCCCGAUCGGUGGAGAUUCAUUCAUUCGAACCAUCACCCUGUCACCAGAGACACAGUCCCCUCCUCCCUCCCCUCCUCUUGUCAUGGUCCACGGGUUCGGGGCAGGCCUCUGUUGCUUUUUCCGUAACUUUGAAGGACUUGCCAAGAAAAGGCGGGUUUUUGCAUUCGAUGUCCUCGGAUUUGGUCGUAGCUCUCGCUCGGAUUUUAGUACAGACACUGAAAGAGUAGAAGAAGAGUUUGUGAGUUCAAUAGAGAAUUGGAGGGCAGCCAUGGGCCUUGAUAAGAUGAUACUCUUGGGACACAGCCUUGGAGCCUUCAUGUCCACAUCAUACGCAAUGAAAUAUCCUAAUCGAGUUCAGCAUUUGAUUCUGGUUGAGCCUUGGGGCUUUAACAGGAAGCCAGAAGUGAUCGAUUCUGAAUUUGCACAAAGUAGAAAGUACAAGAUAGCACAGUCUUUCACCGGUCGCUUUAACAUGUUCACACCAGUCAGAGUAGCUGGACCUUUAGGUCCUUAUCUUGUUACGAGGUUUCGUCCUGAUCUUGAAGAGAAGUUUGGUCCCCAGUUCAUGAAAUAUGUCUAUCACUGUAACGCCCAGAAGCCUACCGGUGAAACGGGUUUCUUCUAUCUCCAAGUACCCAUAGCCUGGGCCCGUAGACCAAUGCUGGAGAGAUUCGAUGCUCUGAAUCCCAAUAUACCAAUCUCUCUCCUUUACGGGACUCGGUCGUGGUUCGAUAACGAAACUGGUAGGAAGGUUUUUGAUGCUCGACCAGGCUCUUACGUCGAUGUGCAUUAUGUGAAGGGGGCUGGGCAUCAUAUUCAUGCAGAUAUGCCUGAUGUGUUUAACGAGAUAGUAGAGUAUGUAUGUGAACUGACUGUCGAUGGAAGAGACAAAGUAGUGAACGGCGAAAACAGAGAAGAUGUUGCUUUUCAUACUCACUAGAGACAAUAAUUUCUUGUUAUCAUCAAUAUUUUAAAAAGUUCUAUCUCAUCAUUAUUAUUUAAUCUCUCUACAUUAUUAUUAUUAUUUAAUCUCUCUAUAGCAUCGUUGUAUUUGUAUAAUUGUAAAUGUUUAUUUAUGAUUAAUUAUCUUA